CCAACCUGCUGACCUGUAGAUCGUUUCCUGUUGUAGUUUAGCUGUUGCGUUUCUUCUCGUUGAUAAAGAUCUGAUAAAACUGUAUGUUGCUGUCAAACAGUGCUCGAUUGAAGGUCUAACUCGGCCCAACUUUAACCGGAUUCAUUUAUAAUGGCGCUUUCCAAAGAAUGGAAAUAGUAUUGAGCUAUUUAUCGUCAACCGUCACCAAGGUUUUACAGUUAUCUGGUCUUGUCGGCGGCAGGAAUGUCCUGAGGAACAAAAAGAUGGACGAGAAAGCGUUGGAAGUGUAUGAUGUAAUCCGAUCAAUACGGGACCCAGAGAAGCCCAACACCCUGGAGGAGUUGGAGGUGGUGACGGAGAAAUGUGUGGAGGUCCAGGAGCUCAAAGAAGACGAGUACCUCAUUAUAAUAAAGUUCUCUCCAACCGUCCCUCACUGCUCCCUGGCUACUCUGAUUGGUCUGUGUCUACAGGUAAAGCUGCAGCGAUGUUUGCCAUUCAAACAUAAGCUGGAAAUUUACAUCUCAGAGGGAACUCACUCUACUGAAGAGGACAUUAACAAACAGAUCAACGAUAAGGAACGCGUGGCGGCCGCAAUGGAGAACCCCAACCUCAGAGAGAUUGUGGAGCAGUGUGUGACCGAACCAGACGACUGACCAGUUCUUCUUAUGUGUUUGUCCAAUAUGUUGUCUAUUAGAGUUCAGCAGCAGAGACUCAUGUUGCUUUUUUAAAUAAGAUAUUUAUCUUGAAUCAAAAGACAGAAUAGAAGCUGAAAUACAACAAUGUGUUUACUCCCUCAUUGUUCCUGGUGAACAAUGUUGUGAUGGACAGCAGCCAGUCUUUCUUGUCCUCCGACACAAGACGUGGACGAGAAGACCUGUCUCUUCUCCUACUUCCUUCUGUUCUCCGAACCUGGUCCAAACAUCAUUCUGUAGAAAGAUCUGCCACUUGCAUAUUUUGUUUUACUCUUUUUAGACAAAAUGAAAUGUAUACAAAUGUAUUAAUCUGAUUAAAUAAAUCAGUUUAACUUGGAGAGAAAA